UUGGUUUAGUGAGGAUAGCAGACCUCAGAUUGCCGUGAUGACACCAGAGGAGCUGCUGAACACUCUGGAAGAACUGGGAGAAGAAGAGUUCCAAACAUUUAAGUGGUAUCUGCGGCAUCCCGACAGUAAGGAGAACUUCCCCGCCAUCGGGAAGAGCUUCCUGUAGACGGCAAACAGGCAGGGCACUGUGGACUUGAUGGUCCAGACCUGCACCCUUCCUAAAGUAAAGGAGGUGGCCCUAAAGGUUUUAGAGAAGAUCAAAAGGAACGAUUUGGUGCAGAAACUGUCUGAAAGUGGAUUACAAGAAGCCAGUCAGUCACAGGAAGGGAAAAGCACGAUGCCACUGCCGCCUGAUAACGGCACUCCUCAUGUGGCACGUGAUAAAAAAGAUGACCUGCCCAACCUCAUCCUUCACGUUGUAAAAGAUUCCCAGGAGCGGCAAGGUAUAUCUGAGCCCGCCCUCACUAAGGCUUUGGCUGCCAGUGGGUUUGAUGUGGCACACAACGCCCGCAUCCAGCCCACCUUAGUAAGGAUGGAGAAUGCAGGGAUUCUGGAAAAGGCAGGUUUGAUUGGAGCACCCUUUUACUACAAGAUGAAAAAUAAGAAAGAAACCAAGAAAAAUAAAGCUGCUCCUCAAGCCAGGAAAACCUCCACCAAGAAACCUGCAAGAACCAAGAAGCAAUCAGCUGUUUCAGCAUCUUCAAAGAAGCCUGAUAAACCUGCAGCAGCCAAGAAUUCAACCAAGUGGGCCAACGGAGGCCCCAAGAAGGCUAAACAGCCCGGAGGGGCCAAGAAAGUGACUAAGAAGGCCAACACGGGCCCCAAGGAGGCUAAAAAGCCUGCAGUGGCCAAGAAUGCAGCCAAGAGGGCCAACAUAGGCCCCAGGAAGGCUAAACAACCUGCAGCGGCCAAGAAAGUGGCUAAAAACGCCAAAAAGCAAACCAAGAAGGGGGCGAUAAAAGUCCCUGCAGCCAAGAAAGUCCCCACGAAGAAGGCAGCUACCAAAGUGAAAAAGACAGCAAACAAGAAGAAGUGACAUCAUCUCUGUCCAACCUGACAUAUGAUGUCAUCAGGAAUGAUAUAUUUUAUUAAUUCAACUCUUUAUUGGACUUUUUUAUGGAAAACAAUUUGCGUCAUCGUUGGAUGCAACAAUGAAAAGACUCAUUAGGGCCGUUUUUAGCUGCAGAACAUAAGAAUAUUAUCUGGUGAAUUAAAAGUAUCUCAUCAUCAAGAGAUAAACAGUCAUAACUAAUAUGUCCAACUUUUAAUCUCAUAAUUCUGAGUCUCAUAAUUAUAACUUUUAAUCUUAUUAUAAUAAGAUAAUUUAUCAAUAUGUUUAAUUUACAAGUAAUUUUACAUAUUAAUUUUAAAGACACGGUACUGUUACAUAUGGACUCCACAGAGACAAGGGCAGUUUAACUAUACUUUAUUUAACUAUCAGGAACAUCAGGUGAAGGUCUUA